AUGUCAGAACACACAAGAGAAACAACGAAGAUCUCCGAUCUUCCACAGAAACUGAUAGAUGAGAUACUUUCAAGGGUUACGAUGAUAUCUCUGAGACGGCUACGGUAUGAUUUCAAACGGUUGAAAGAUCUACUCAAAGAUCCGAUAUUCAUCAAAAAGCAAAUUGCUAAUGCUAGAUCUACAAGGAAGUAUCAUGUUCUCGUGGUGUUGAAAUAUAGGGUUUAUUCAAUGUGCUCCUACAUCAAUGAAAUUGCCAUGAAUGAUGCUCCCUUGUUCAAACGUGGAAUUAAGCUAAACGAUCCCUAUCAUAAUAAUUUAGAAGUCGAUCUGUCUCAAGCCUUUCACUGUGAGGGCAUAUUGCUAUGCACCACCAAAAGUAACAUGUUUGUGGUUUGGAACAUGUUUACGGGGCAAUCUAAAUGGGUCGAACAGCAAACCCAAUGCCAGAUAGACGAUGUGUAUGCUCUCGGAUACGUAUACAAAGAGCUGUGCCAUGGCUACAAAAUCUUGAAGUUUCGGGAUAGCUACCACAAAGAAUUGGAGAUAUAUGAGUUUAGCUCAAAUUCAUGGAGAAAUCUCGAUGCCUUCAGUCCUGAAGGCUACUUAAAAUCUCGUGGCGUGUCGUUGAAGGGAGAUGUUUAUUGGCUGUUUGAGCGGAUUAAUCAAGGCAAUGAGUACUCUCUACUUAGCUUUGAUUUUUGGACGGAAACAUUACAAUGUCUGUGUGUUCCAUUUCAAUGGAAAGAAGGUAGACACGAUACAAUAGCUCUAUCGGCUGUUAGAGAAGAACAUCUUUCGUUGUUAUAUCAGAGAGAGGCGACACAAAAGAUGGAAAUAUGGAUAACCAAUGAGAUUGAGACCACAUCUGUGUCGUGGAAAAGGUUCUUAACAGUGGAUUUUAAACCUCAUCCCCAUAUGUUUUCGCGUGACAUGAGUUUUUUCAUUGACGAGGAGAAGAAAAUCGCAGUGUGUUGUGAGAAAGACCAAGAGGAUAGGAUAUUCAACAAGGUAUACAUUGUUGGAGAAGAUGAAUACAAAGUGUCUCGCGGUUUUGGUUUUUUCGAUUAUAGAGGCUACAAUAGUUGCCCAACUAUGUUUGGUUAUGUUCCAAGACUAGUUUAA